AUGUCAUUGGAGAAUAGUAAGCAGAUAUCAGCGGCAUCAUUGCAACCUGAACUAUGGACAACAUCUUCCAAUGAUGCCCUUAAGAUGUUUGUCACUGAUGGAGAACAAGCAAUCAAUUUCCAACCUUUGUUCACAUACCCAAUUUUUGGAGAUGCCGAGACGAUAUAUGGGUACAAGGACUUGAAUAUCUUUCUAUGCUUUGACCAUUACACAUUUAAGCCAUUCUUAAAUAUCAAGUACAAGGAGAAAUUGGAUGACCCCGAUUUGGUUGACUUGAAAGGAACCAUGGAUAAGUUUGUCCCUGAAAGCACCGUAUUCAAAGAUGAAAUAGCUUGGGUAGAUUCAAUCAAUGAGGAGAAGAAGGACUACAAAAUACCAGGUGAUCGAAUUGACAAUUUUAGAAAUGAUGACAUGGAGUACCUGGUGUAUAAGAUCAACUUGAAACUGGCAGCUGGAUUGGAGUUGCAUAAACGAUUGCAAAUCCUCGUUUUAUUGUACAUUGAAGCUGGUUCAUUCAUUGAUGCAGAAGACGACUUGUGGGAUCUUUAUGUGCUUUAUGAAAGCGCUCCAGAAAAUAAAGAGCCAUCGAUUGUUGGGUUCGCCACUGCUUACAAUUAUUGGAAAUACCCAGGAGCCGAGAAUUUCGACGAUGGAAAAUUAGAGAUUAGAAUAAAGAUAUCACAGUUUGUCAUUCUUCCAAUUUAUCAAGGCCAGGGACUUGGACAAUCGUUCUAUACCCACCUUUGCAAAUACUGGUUGGCGAAGGACAAUAUUGUCGAAAUUGUGGUUGAAGAUCCAAAUGAAGGAUUUGAUGAUAUGAGAGAUCGUGCUGACUUGAAACGAUUGGGUGAUUUGGGAUUCGACUUUGACAAGCUAGUGGCCAGGGACAUUGAUCAGCACUGGAUUGAUAAAACAAGAAAACAAUUGAAAUUGGAAAAGCGUCAAUUUGCAAGAUUAUUGGAAUUGAUUUUACUAUAUAAAUUAAAGCAUAACAAAGACGUAUCCAAAUCUGACGUUAGAUUAUUUAUCAAAAAGAGGUUGUACAAGAAGAACAAAGAAGGGUUGGAUGCAUUGGAUGAAGCAACUAGAAGAGAUAAAUUGCAAACAGCCUAUCAAGCUUUGGAAGAAGAUUAUUAUAGAAUCCUUGGAGAUUUGAGACUUCCGAUCAAGAGAAGACUCGAUGAUGUUGAUGUAAAUGAAAGCAAGAAGCAAAAGGUGGAUUAA